AUGUCUGUCGCAUUCGAAAUCCAUCAGCCGCAAGAGCUGGUGUCCUUGGAAGCGCGAAGUCUCACAAAGAAUAAUCAUAUUAACAUGAGGGCGUCAGUGGUCUUUAUUUUGGUCAUCACAAGCUUGUUGAGUGCGACGUCAGGGAAGGCGCCGGCGCAAUUCUUCUGCGGGCGAAGACUCGCAGACACGCUGGCUCUGUUCUGCCCGUCCGCUGAGCUGGUGAAGAGAUCAGGGUACCACGAGAGGCAGCACUACCCCGGCAACGAGGUGCUGGGUGCGGGCGACGAGGGCUGGGACCGCGAGCUGGGUCUGGGCGGCGCCGGGUCGGAGGGCUGGCUGUGGCGCGGUGCGUUGAGCGGCGCCCGCGGGAAGAGAGGCGUCAUCUCCGAGUGCUGCGACCAGCCUUGCACCAUCGACGAGCUGCUCACCUACUGCUGA